UCUUCCACAUAGGACUGCAAGACAGCUUCAUAGGGGUGGCAGAGGGCCCCUUUUCACACCCGAACAGGAGGAGGCUAUUUGCACCAUGGUCGUAGAAAACAAUGCCAUAAGACUUAGGGAGAUACAGAGUGCCAUUAUAGAAGACAACAACAUCUUUGAUAACAUCCAAACAGUCAGCAUCUCAACCAUUGACAGGGUGCUGAAAAGACACCAAAUGAAUAUGAAGCAGCUGUACACCGUUCCAUUUGAAAGAAAUGACGAAAGAGUGAAGGACCUGCGCUACCAGUAUGUACAGCGUAUAAUGGAACUGGAAGCAAGUGAACCACCGCACAGCUUCAUCUACAUGGAUGAGGCUGGCUUCAACCUAACUAAACGCAGAAGGCGUGGUCGAAAUAUCAUCGGCCACAGAGCUACAGCUGAUGUGCCAGGCCAACGGGGCGGGAACAUAACCAUGGCUGCUGCUAUCUCUGAGAAUGGUGUGCUAACGCAUAUUCCCAUUAUUGGGCCAUACAACACAGAGCAUCUUGUCACCUUUUUAGACACACUCUACAGGGAUCUCAUCCCUGAAGAAGAGAGGGGCCAGACUGGAGAUGACCUGCCAAAGUAUGUGAUUGUUUGGGACAAUGUCAGUUUCCAUCGCUCCAACAUCAUCAGGCAAUGGUUUGCGGCCCACAACAGGAUGCUGAUGGAGUUCCUCUCACCCUACUCCCCAUUCCUUAAUCCCAUUGAGGAAUUUUUCUCAGCGUGGAGAUGGAAAGUAUAUGAUCGCCAGCCACAUACACAGAUGACCCUUCUGGCUGCCAUGGAUGCAGCGUGUGAUGACAUCACAGCAGAUGCCUGCAGAGGCUGGAUAAGACACUCCAAAAGAUUCUUUCCACGCUGCAUCGCAAGAGAAAACAUUUGUUGUGAUGUGGAUGAGAAUUUGUGGCCCAACAGACAGGAACGUCAGGAGGUGUAG